UGGAUUUCUGGGUGGAUCCCAGGCAGGACCGAGGGGGUCUGGGGUGGAUCCCGGUGGAUCCCGGCCUUUCCCCGCAGGAUCCACAAGAACAUGCUGCUGGACCUGACCAGGGAGCUGAUGAAGGAGCUGGGCAUCACCGUGGUGGGCGACGUCAUCGCCAUCCUGCGCCACGCCAAGGUGGUCCACAGGCAGGAAAUGUGCCGGGCGGCCUCGGAGGCGCUGCAGCCCGAGGCUGCUGCGGGAUCCCAGCAGGAUCAGCAGGAUCGUGACCGGGAUCAGCGGGAUCACGAUCGGGAUCACCACCGGGAUCACCACCGGGAUCCUGGCGGCGCCGCCGGCAGGAUGAUCACCAACAGCCUGAGCCGGGACCCCGCCCCCCGCGCCCCCCGGAAGCCGCCCUGCUCCGGCAUCUCCGUCACCGUCCCCAACGGGGCCGCCAAGGCCGAGAGCAGCAGAUCCCCCCGGAUCUGA